GUUCCGCCCUUGACGCUAGGCCUCUUCUACGGUAGACCACACGACAGGGCUGUCUGCGUGCCGGCGACGAGAUCGUUGGCGGCGGCUGUCUAGCAGCGGUACGUCGCCAUCGAAGAACCUAAAGAGAAUCUUCCCAAGUAACAUGGCAACAUGCCGACAAUCAUGGUCAGACAUACCAUCAGAGCUUGCAGGCCUGGUCCUUCUCCGCCUCCCUGCCCACUCUGACCGCACCCGUUUCGCAGCUGUAUGCCGCGAUUGGUGCAUCUCCGCAAAGCAGCAACACCUGCCCCCGCCUUUGCCAUGGUUCAUGCUCCCCAGAGGCACCUUCUUCAGCUUACCCCACAGCGAAUCCUUCCAGAUCCCCAACGGUGCUGAAUUCCACAGCUCCUGCGGCGAGUGGCUUGUCUUCGCAGAUGAGUACACCUGCUCCUUGGUAAACACCAUCACAAAGGUCACCUUGGCUCUCCCUGACCUGGAUGCCUUUGGCCCCAUCGAUGAGCCUGAUGAAGUUAUCAAUGGUGAUGGUGACAGCAUACCCCAGACAUUGCUGGACCUGAAUGUAGCCAUGUCAAUACAUAAGGUAAUCGUGUGCUCGGUGUUCCUCAUUGCUGCCAUCAUUGUUGUUGGGAGACUCCGCACUCUGGCAUUGUGCCGUCCCGGAGGUAAACUAUGGUUCAUAAGUGCGCUCGGCGGCAGCAGGCUCGUUCAAGACAUAAUUCUCCAUGAUGGUAAGCUGUACAUGGUUGAUCAACCGAGGAGCCUUUACGCCAUCGAUGUCGGAGAGGACACUGACAGCAGCAAGCUGAUCAUUGCAUGGAUUGAACGCAUCAUCGUUGGCCCUAUCUUGCCCUUCACGUCAUACGUGGGUAACGGUGGUACAUAUGACCAAUACCUGGUUGAAUCUCAUGGAGCCCUGCUUAUGGUCUGCAAAACAAUCUCUAGUCUGUUAACUACGAACUGUGGGAGGUCCAGGAUCAGGGUGGUGCAGAUCAGAUUUCAUGUGUUCAAGGCAAACAUGCAGCUGUUGCGGUGGCUAGAGAUAAGGAGCUUGGGGGAUGACCAGGCACUCUUCGUUGGGCCAAGAUGCUCCAAGUCUGUCUGCGUGUCUCAGUACAAGGUGAAGGGUAACUCUAUCUUCUUCCUGGAUGAUGGCCGCUGCAGCUGGUACUGGAAGGAUGCGCCGAGUUCUUAGGCCAUGUACGACAUGAGCGAUGGAAUGCUCCACUUGCCAUUUCUCAUUGGAUCAUGCAUGGGCAAGGAAGCGCCGGCGACAUGGCAUUUCCCUCCAGGCUCGGAUGGUUCUUUUCCUGUCACUUGCAGAUCAGACCAGUAGCUUGCAAACAACAUAGUGGUUGAUGAUCGGUGAAUCGUUGUCAAACAGUAACAGAUGUCCCCAUAUGUUGUGUUUCAACUUUCAAGAUGUCAUUUGGAUCUAAAUUGUGUUUAUCCUGGGGCAAAUUGUGUCAAGCUGCUACUUCAAAGAAUGGUUGUUCUACUGGGCUCUUCUGGCCUCAUCUAGGAAUUACUUCCUCCGUCCCAUAAUUCUUGUCGCUGUUUUAGUACAAAUUUGAACUGAAACAUCGACAAGAAUUAUGGGACGGAGGGAGUAAUUAAUAUCUUGCUUUGUAGUCUCUGAGGAAGUUAUAAUCCCUGAGUUCACGGAGCUCAAGACAUUUUGGACAUGGACAGAGUCGCCGAAACUGAAACACAACUUCAACUGCGCAUUUCUUUUUC